AAAAGCAUUGUACUUUGAAAUUGCAACUGGUGUUGGUCAUCGUCAACUACAUUUCCUCCCUCUCUUCGUUUUUUGCUCUCUCGAAGUUUGAGAGAUUCAGGUUCAGAUCUGAGCCUAUUCCGUUUUACUCACACUCUCAAACAACAAAACCAAAAAUAAAAAAUGGCGACUGUGUCCCCUCUCGCCAAAUACAAGCUCGUUUUCUUAGGCGAUCAAUCGGUCGGCAAAACCAGCAUCAUCACUCGCUUCAUGUAUGACAAAUUCGACAUUAAUUAUCAGGCUACUAUUGGUAUUGACUUCUUGUCAAAAACAAUGUACCUUGAAGAUCGAACAGUUCGUCUGCAGCUUUGGGAUACUGCAGGGCAAGAAAGAUUUAGAAGUCUCAUUCCAAGCUACAUAAGAGAUUCUUCUGUUGCAGUUGUUGUAUACGAUGUAGCCAACCGGCAAUCAUUUUUGAACACUAACAAGUGGAUUGAGGAGGUGCGUACAGAACGAGGCAGUGAUGUUAUUAUUGUAUUGGUUGGGAAUAAAACUGAUCUUGUUGAAAAAAGACAGGUUUCUAUAGAGGAAGGAGAUGCCAAGUCCCGUGAGAGUGGAAUCAUGUUCAUAGAAACCAGUGCAAAAGCAGGCUUCAAUAUUAAGCCUUUAUUUCGCAAGAUUGCUGCAGCCUUGCCAGGGAUGGAAACACUUUCUUCUACAAAACAGGAAGACAUGGUUGAUGUAAAUUUAAAACCCACCGUGAAUUCAUCCCAGGCAGAGCAGCAAGGAGGAGGUUGCUCUUGCUAAAGAAAGGCUAUUCAUAACAAGCCAAUAUAAGUGUUUCAGUAAGCACGGUCAUGGAAUUGGCUACUAAACGGAAAGAUGCAGCUGAGGUAGACAUGCUUUCAUACCAAUGCUCGUCAGUGUUUAGUUGGGGGAGAGGGGUUUGCAGUAAUAGUUUUUUAUGUAAGAUAAAAAAAAAAUGGUAUUCAUCUGUUUCAUUUUAUAGUUAGUCCCUUUAUGUAAGAAUGCACUUGCAGGUUAUAUACUUGUAUAAAAAUUUAUUUACUGGAUGACGUGAAGGAGGCAUCACCGAUUUUUAACUUACUACUAGUUAAGAUAAAAGGAUUUAAACUGGAGCUUUGUUGGAA